UUGGAUUUUACUAUUUGUUAUACCUAGCGGACACCUCAUUGUUGCAUCUCAAACACUUUGUUCAGAAAGCAGUCUUGGAGAACACCUCUGAUGGGUGAAGACACUCCUCUCCCAACAAGCAUUAAAACGCUUAUUUUUGCAAAGAAAUUAUUUUACUGCUAAGGACCUUGUGUAGCUUUAACAAGGUUCUAACAGCGACCCAGUCACCAAUAGAUGGCUUUGAUGUUUUGGGUUGAAUGGCGCAGGCUUCUAACCCUAAACCCAAUGUUUAAAUCAGCUCAUAGAUCUUCACUUUUUUAGUUAGUGGGCUAAUCAGUCCUUAUUGAAAUGGGCUUCGAGUUUCGAUUAUAGUCUCGGGGGAGAAGAAACGAAGAACACCAUAAAUGGUUUUUUUUUUCCUUUUUCUUUUUGAAAACCAGAACUGAAUUUGGGGAGAUUUUGGACUUCAAUUCGUGUUUCAAGAGCUGCUGCAAUUACCUGAUCAAAGCAAUAUGUUAGCUUGGUCGAAAUCUAUUGGUCGCUGUACAGUUUCCUUUAUCUCCGUUCUGCUUACUCAGUUGGCUCUGUUUUUGGUUCCUCUCUUCUUCUCAGCUUCUCCGAUCCUCAUUCAACUCACACUUUCAGCUUUAGUUUUGGUUGUAGUUCUGGGAUUUGGAGGGUGGUGUAAACGGCUUCUUGGAUUCAAUGCAUCUGCUCCAGCUUUUGUUUUCUGCAGUAUAUUUUUUAUCUGGGGUGUUCAUAUUGCUAUUGUUCGACAAGCGAUUUCACCUGUUAUGGACGUCCUGUUCAAUGUAGAGAUGAUCAUGCUCAUCAUUGGUCUUUUUAGGAUUAUGCUGAAGGAUCCUGGUUUUGUGGUUAGUGAGUCCUUUUCGUUGGGCAAACUCAAUGACAAUUCUGUUCUUGGUGUUCAAGCUCACAAUGAGAGUUCUCUUUUGCAAAUGAGAGCAAGAUACUGUAAGAGCUGCCAGACAUAUGUACAGGGCUUUGACCACCACUGCCCUGCUUUUGGAAACUGUAUUGGUCAGAAGAAUUAUGUCCUCUUUAUGGUACUUCUGGUUGGAUUUAUUACUGCUGAAAUUUCUUACAUUGUUUGCUCAUCGCAGUUUACUUCAAAGUUUCGAGUUUUGGAAGAAAAUAGAGUGGAGAGCGGUUCCAUUUUAGUAAUGGCUAGAAGCACAUUGCUAUUUUGUCUUCUUCAAGUGCUAUGGCAGGGACCAUUUUUGAUAUGGCAUGUCUACUGCAUAUGUUUCAAUAUCAGAACCGAAGAGUGGGUAAACUGGAAGAAUUAUCCUGAGUUCCAACUUAAUGCCUCAUCUUUAUCAGGAGAGAAUUAUCAAGAGACAAGUUUUAAAAAUCCGCACAAUAAAGGAAUCCUGCAAAAUGUCAAGGAGUUCUUAACAUUGAAAUGAUGGAAGUGUUACUGCCUGUCUUGCUCUUGGUGCCUUCCCAAGUUGUUCUGUAUCUUCAUUCUUAGCUGCAGUUUUCGUUGGGGACAGGCCUCGCUUCUCAAACAGGGGUGCAAAGUUUCAAUAUUUGGUUUUGCAGGACAUGCCUUUAGAAGGUCAUCAUUAGUGUGCGACAUAUUUGGUGCAUUUCAGGUACGCGACCUGUAUAUUGUGGUUAGAUAUUAUCUCUAAUUUUGGCCAUUGAUUGGGAAAAAGUUGAACUGGCAAUGCUAACGGCCAACCCAGAAAAUAUUUCCAAAUUAAGGUAGCAUAGAGAAAAUUAUUACAGUUAAUUACUGUGAGAUAGAAUAGUUAUCAAAGAAGAAGAAUCAUGGAUUUUAUAAUUAAUAAGGCAGAAACUUAGAUUACUAUUGCCCUUAUGUCAUUUUUUUUGGUUUUAUGAGAGAGAAAUGGGUGAAGGUUAGUUGCCUGCUAUAGCUAUGGUAUUGCCGGUUAUUGUCAAUAGCCAUAAUAGCCUUUUAAGAUCAAGCCUGCAAUAGCCUUGUUGGAUAUGGCUUGUUGUUGUUGGAUAUGGUGAUAGGGUUCUCCCUUUUUGAUAAUUUCAAAUGUUCAUCAAAUUUCAUAGUAGGAAGUAACAUGAUUAUUGCUGAUCUGUUGCCCUAAUCUUUUAACAUACUAUGGUCUAUUUGGUUGGUAUUUCUUUCUCCCUCCCCUUAAUUAGUAGCUCAACCUUUUGUCCAUUAACAACUAAGAUUACCACCGCAAUGUGUAAUGAACGUAAAUGAGUUGCGAAUAUGAAUAUAUGGACCGUUGAAUAUACAUACUUGGGGUACAUCGAUCCAACUAAAGGAAUAAGCUUGGUCAAUGUUCAUGGCUGCCAUUUUGAUCACAUAAAACAAUUCAGAAACUGAAGCAUUAUCCUUGAGGUAUCAUGUUGGGGCUCACAUAGAUUGACUAAUCUGUUAUCUGUAUAUUUUGUAGACGAUGGAUUUUGUCUAGCACUAAAUUAGAACAUUUGCCUACAAGUUCAAUCAUUUGUUGAUUUUAAACUCUGAAUUAUUGUUGAUUUAGACUAGACUAUUCGACUUUGUGAAAUUGAAUUUUGGACUUUUGAAACUUGAUUGGAAUUUGGGCUAAUUUGCUAAAAAAAAAUUAAAUUAGUUUGGUGGAUUUGUCACCAUUUAAGUUUUUUAUAGAUCAUUUACUAUCAUUUUGUCCAACAUCAAGACUACAAUAUUCUGGUAAAUUUGACAUGCAUCAUUCAUUUAAAUCGUCUUCCUUUUCCUUCUAAACUUUCUCAAAUCACUCUCUGACAUCAGGUUUCAACUUUGUCUUACUCUAACAUCUCCUCUCCAGUAUAAAUAAGUAAUUUUAUGAUGCUUAUUCACUAAGGUCUGAGAAAACGGGUGCAUGCAAAAAAAAAAAAAAAAAAGGGAAGAAAGAAAAGAAAAAGGAAUUAAACAGCAAAAGGUAAGAAAUGUAACUUCUGUUUACUUAGUUCAAUGAUAAUUAACAGAUAGAGGUUCGAUAAGGCUCUAUGUGGAUAGGAUUAUGCGAUUCACUAUAUGUGGUUUAAGGUUUAAACAGGUAUUCAAAUUGUUCUUAUUGUUGCCUAUUAUGGAUAAUAAGGAUCAUCAAUCUUCAUCCUGUGGAGUACGCCCAAAGACCAAGACCAAGAUCAGACCAAUCAUACAAUGAUUGUAAUAAUAUACUUGUUCAUCUAAUUUAUUAAUAAAUAUAUUGUCAUUAUUGUUUUCUAUACUUGUAUUAAAAUAAAUUGGAUAAAAAUAAAGACUUAAGAAUGAUAUGAUCAUUCUCAUUCUUAGGUGUCCUUUGUAAGUAAUAUUGCAGAGUUAGACAACAAUAAUCAAUUGAGAUUAAUAUGUGUUUGAUUAAUGGCAAGCAUUGUUAUAAAUAUGUUGUAUCAAAUCAAUGCAUGAAUAUAUGUUAGAGAAUAAUAUAUAAAACUAACCCACCAUGAGAAUGCUUUUUGGAUUAUUAUGUAAUAGUCAUUGCAUUUCUCAAAUUGGUAAUUCUAUGUAUGAUCCUUACACUUGAUAUCUUUAUUGUCUCAACAUCGUAAGUCGUAUGUUUUGACACAAGAUGGUUGUACUACAAAUAUUGAUGUUAAGUAUACUACAAUCUGUGUAGUGGAAUGUAAGUGAUCAAAUGAAUGAUCAUGCUCAAAUGAGUUGAUAUGAGAUAUCACUUACUUUUUUGAGGUUUGUUUUUUGCCCCCUCUGGGAAUGAUCCUUAUUUAUUUAUAAGAUUGAUGUGACAUACUAGGGAGGUAAUUAGGUGACUAUGGAAAAUUUGUUAACUGUAAGGAAUGUUUUUUGAUAUUGUCCUUUGGGACAGAGCCCUAAUUGAUAUUGGGCAAUCGAUAUUAGAAACAGGGCGAACCCAGAUAAUGUGUUACCCUUGGAGCUCGCAUGACCUCAUGGUGCUAUUUAUGAUUUGGGGUUGAUUCUAUUAGGAGAAAAGUAGGAGUAUAAAUUUUUUUUUGUAUUCUUAUUGUAAGUUGCGGCCUCGCAAAUGGUAUUUCCUAUCUCUCAGUGAUCAGGAAGGUUCUGCGAGCUCUAAUGUGAUUACUAAUGAUGUUGAUAGUAACCUUGUUACUGAUACAGGCAUUGCUUCUACGAGCUCAUCGGAAGACAUUGACUCUCUUAUGCAAGAUCUGCGAGGAAGAAAUGAUUCUGCUACUCCUCGCGAGGAUGGUGAUGCAGCUAAAAAGAAGCAGAUGGUGGUUGAAAGUCUUGAGUGUAGAAGAUAGAAGUGAUGAUGAAAUGAGACUAAGGGAAGCUCGCUGCUAAAAGGGAAGGAUAAUGCGACACAAGGACAAAAAGAAAUCGGGCAUCCUCUUGUUCCUUCUGUCCCUGUUCCAAGUUCCUUGCAGGGGCAACUAGUUGCUAGGUCCACCUUAAGUUCAGUUCGCAGUGUGUAACGUAUUGCUCAUGGUUGUUCGUCAAAAUUUAAGUCCUCUGAUGGCGAAGUGAAUACCUUUUUUGUUUGGCGUGAUCAGCUUAAUGUGGAAUGUUACCCUUUUUCUCCCAAUGAAGUAAUGUGGAAGUGGGAAGAA